CGAACCAAGCUAAAGUGGCAAAAGGUCAGACAGAUAGUGCUUGCCUCGAGACGCCUCGCGACGCCCAAGGCCGGCUCCACGAAUCGGAUCUGGCGCCGGAUUCGACAUCCCGACGGCCCGCACGAAGCCGGACUCGUAACAGCUUGGACGAAUGGAGCGUCAACGGGACCGCGAGCCUUCCGCAGUCGUCGCACUGGCCUCAUGCUCUUUAUCUCGACCGUACUCUUCUACGCCACUCUUUUUCCCGUGCUCUGGGUCCACUUUGGCUGGUGGUUGGGCCACGAAACCACUGUGCCACUGCCUCAGGAGACCGUUUGGCCAGUCAGAUCUUCUGGAGCUGUGCAUCACGAGUUCUAUUACGUGAACAACGCAAUCAACGUCGUCAUCUAUUCUUGGCUCAAUCCCAACUUUCGUGCUCGUCUCAGAUCGUUGAAAACCAGCUUAAUGCCUUGACCAGUCCGUCUUAA